AUGUUCUAUUCUGCCUUAUGGAUAAAUAGAGAAAUUCAAAAUGGAUAUAUGAUGAGAAAUAUAGUUGCAGGAGUAACGAUUUAUGAAAUUAUAUUGAGUUUUUUUAUCACACAUUCAAUAUUUUCAAUACUUCAAGCAUUUUCUUUCUUUUUUUUGGUCGAAUUUUUCCUGGAUAUUAUCUGGCGUAGUUCUUUAUUACUAAUUAUCCUAAUAAACAUUGGUGUCGGUAUCUGCGGGAUGAGCAUCGGUUUGAUGAUUGGUGUAUUCGUUGACAGUGAGGUCAAAAUAUUUCUGACGAUACUGAUUGUAUACUUCGAAAAUGUUAUUGUAACUGGUCUUUUUUGGCCAUUAGUUUCAACAUCUGCUUUGAAGUUAUUAGCAUUGAUAUCACCGUUGUACCUUCCAUUAAAAACGGCUGAAGAACAACUAAUCAGUGGACGAAACGAUGAAUUCAAAAUUAUUUACGUCAUCGAAAUGCGUAUCGAGAAAAUUCUAGAAUCGUACAUGUUUGGAACCAAUGACGUUCUCGAAUCUUCUGUGCGCUAA